UAAGAUUGUUAGGUAUCAUCUAUGAUUAGGAGUGUUUUGUUAUUUAAUUAAAUAGCUAAGCAUAAAAAAUAUGCGAUUUUCUAAUUAAGUAUUUUAUCUAACUGCAGAUCUAAGAAAGAUAACUGAAUUAUAUACCUACAGCAGUCGUAAAACCAUUACAGCACACAUAACUGAAAUAACAGUCUCAAUCUGAUUAACAUGUUAACUUAAUAAGUUAAUCUUGUUUACAAUAAUUCACCGCUGACGUCACACGGCAUUCCACGGAGCAGUUCUAAUUACAAAACGACUUUAAUCAGAUUCGGCCACAGAGAAGACACGUAACGUUAUCGAAUAAUUCCGCGCUCGGCGAAACUUUCGACCAAGAUUCGGUCUCGUUUAACCGAGGAUUACGACUCUUACAUAACAAAUAAAACAAGCAGACGGCAUGCGGAAACUAACACGAGCUACACCCGUCAUCAUCUAUUACAAUUUAAUCUCCAACUUUUAGGUUAAAAACAUUUUCUGUGCUCCCCCGCAGUAGUGACAGAUAAAUAACGAGUGAUUUUAAACAUGGAACAGUAGAGCCAACAACGAAAAUGUCUAAGGACCGGUACAGUGAUGAGAACUGCAACGCGAUCGGGCGGAUCCUGAAGGACUUCUGUAGCUGCACAGAGAACGGGGCCUGGUCGCCGGACAUGACGUCACAGACGUCGAGGCGACGCGACCCGUUUUUGAAAAGCGAACUCACAAACAUGUCCGCCAUGCGCCGGCGCAUCAUGACCAUCGCCAAGCGGAAAACGAGAAACGCAACGCCCGAACCACCUAAACUAAGCUACAACAACACGUUAGAAAAGUCAGAAAAACUCACAACGCAUCUCAUUAGCAACACGUUAAGUUCGGAAGACAGCACAUUGAGACGAAACAUCGAUUCCUUUUUGAAGUCGCGUCGAAUGUUCUCUAUAGAAGAGGACAUCUACGAAAAGCCGAUACGGCCGACAAUCAAACACUCCUCUUACGGGGAAAACUGGUCGCUAAGCAAAGCUUGGAAGAGCAACAACAGCGACUUUUUCAACCGAUCUCCAACGCUCGAUUCCGAGAACCGGACGCCUCUGAUCGACCGGAAAUACGGAUAUUUAGAGCGAAUAGACGAGGUUCCGGCGAGACGGCCGAGCCGGCUGAAGGAACAAAUGAGAUACGAUCGUAAUAUCAAACGUCACUUGCGGAUUCGCGUGAUGCUGUCUCUGCGCAUGCGGCGGUACAUGAAAAGGAGGUUGCGGAAGAGUUUGUUGCCUGCUACAGUAUCGGUACCUCCACGGAGGUUCCCGCGAGGGUCAGCAGAGACGUCUAGUUUCGGGACUCGGUCGUACCGCAGCGCCAUGCUGGACAAGUUGGGCGACGGGGCGGUGCUGUUCGACGUGCAUGAAGCCAGGAACUGCAUGCUGGAGCUGUGCCACGACUAUGAGGAGGACCUCGACACGCUGGAUGUGGCCUUGCGCGCCGGAAACUUCAGGAGCGGUCGGCUAGCGGUCGAGGGCUGGUGGUGCGGGCGCGCCAUGCCGGCGGCGGGCGCGCGGGCCAACAACGGAGCCCUGGCGCUCCACUACGCGGCCGCGAGGGGCUGCCUCGACUGUGUGCGGCUGCUGGCUAACACUACGCCUGAUGUGUGCGCCAACACAGCCAUGGACAAUGACGUCACACCAGUCUACCUGGCGGCUCAAGAGGGCCACCUGGCGGUACUCAAGUACCUAGUCCUGGAGGCGGGAGGGCGACUCGACGCGAGGGCCCGCGAUGGAAUGCUGCCUAUACACGCGGCGGCGCAGACCGGGUGCCUGGAUUGCGUGAAAUGGAUGAUAGUAGAACGCGGGGUAGACCCGAACGCGCGCGACGGCGACGGCGCCACCCCGCUCCACUUCGCGGCGUCGCGCGGGCACCUGGCCACCGUGCGCUGGCUGCUGCGCCACGGGGCGCGCCUGCACCUCGACCGACACGGGAAGAGCCCUAUUAAUGACGCCGCUGAGAACCAUCAUCUGGAGUGUCUGAACGUGCUGGUGGCGGCGGGCGCGGGCGCGGGCGCGGACAGCAAGCAGCUCGCGUCCUACAAGGCGGUGCACGCCUGCGCCUGCGCACCGGGCGAGGCCAGGUGCGCCCUGCCCAGUUGCAUCAACGCGACCGCCAGUCGCUCCCCGUUCUACCUACACGCUCCGGAACGCAAAACCUCCACCGCAGAGCGUCGGGGCUCCCUUCCAUCCACCCCUGCAGGCUCCAUCAGUUCCACCAGGUCUGGACCGGCUGAUGGGCUGUAUGUGAACCCGAUGCAACGAGGCACUUCUAACAGCGUGACUCAGCAUAGUUCUUCGGGAGAGGAUAGCUCGGCCUGCUCGGCAGCAUCAGACGCAGACGGCGCCGGCGGCUGGUACCUGCACAACCACCGCCACGGCUCCGGAGCACCAGCAGCGUUGUACCAGCGAGUGAGAGACCUGUUCCAUGCCAACCGCUCGCCUGGACCCAGGGCGCCGGCUGAGGGGCAGGAGGCUCCUACUAUGACUGUGAAGGCCGAGAUCCACGGCAACACGGAGCUGCCCCCGGAGCAGUCUGACAGUGACAGCGGCGCCGACGCGGCGAGGAGGGAUCAUGAUUAUGAGGAUAUCUACCUGCCCAGGGAUGAUCAGCAGAGGAGGAGGAGCAGCUCCCACGACUCGGGCAGCCACUCCCGGCCCGGCAGCGCCGCCGCGCUCGUCGUCGACUACACCGCUAAAGUGCACGACAAUUCCUCCAAUAAGGCGUAUGAGGAAGUGUCGGCGCCGGUUGCGGAGAGCCCACCCAAGUCAACUAUUGCAACCAAACUAGCUGCGCUCACACACAAGGCUCAGAACUUCGCCAGCCGCCUAUCAUCAGCCGCGGGCAGCCGGCGCGCGUCCAUCAACGAAGAACCCGCCACCCAGGCCUCGGCCUCCAGUGGGGUCUCCUCCGGGGGCAGCUCGGGGGACGAGGCACCACCCCCGCCCCCGCCGCCCCCGGCCCCGCCCGCGCCACCGCCAGCUGUAUUGGAGGAGCCAGCGAUCAGGCCGUCCGAGUUGCGGGGAAGACGUGGCGCGGCGCGGCGCGACUCCGCAGACGACGAGCGGCCGCGCGGCGCCAACCUCGUCAACAAGCAGCCCGCGCUCCCCUUCGUGCCCCCCGCCUUCCCGCACAACGCGCCCGACCGCCUCAUCAAGCCCUCCGAGUACCUCAAAACCAUCACGGCGCCCUGCAAGCGAGACGAGGCGCCGGCGGAGGCGCGCCCGCCGCCGCCGCCGCCCGCGCCCGACCACGCGCCCGCGCCGCCGCCGCCGCCGCCGCACCAGCACCAGCCGCUGGCCGCCAUCAGCAGCGCCGAGCUGUGCGCCGUGCGCCUGCGCGCGCCCGCCGCCAAGACGCUGUCCGCGCCGCCGCCCGCGCGCUCCGUCUCGCUGCAGUGCCUGCCCAGCGCCGCAGAGAACUACCGCACCGUCAAGACCGACCUCAUCGAGGAGCUCAAGAUGUCCAAGGACAUCACCGGCAUCAAGAAGCUGAAGGUGGAGCGCGCGCGCCGCGAGAGCCUCCAGGACAAGGAGACCUUCACCGAGUUCACCAAGCGGUUCACCGCCGAAAACUUCGUCGACCAGGAUUCCCUGCAGGUACCUGAGCGCGACGGGGCUGGCAACGUGAUCCCCGCGUGGAAGCGACAGAUGCUGGCGCGGAGAGCCGCGGAGAGGGCAAGGAGAGACCUGGAGAAGGAGUUGGCGGGAGAGGCGGAGAGGAGGAGGGCGGCCGCCAUACCGGCGUGGAAGAGACAACUGCUGCAGAGGAGAGAGGAGACGGAGAAUCGGCUGAGGCAAUCUCUCUACACGCCCAAAGUGGAAGAAUCCAACGGGACCACCAACGGAGAGUGGCGCUCGUACCCGACGACAGGCCAGCGUGCCGUGUCCAUAGACAACAUCACUCUGUGCACGCACUACGACGACGCGCCCCCGCACCCCGCGCGCGCCCCCUCCGAGGCCAAGAUGGCGACCGACAACCAUUGCAAUGGCCAUGCUACACAGAACGGCAAACACAACGACUCAGAAGAAGAGGCAAAGAUCAUCCCGUGGCGGGCGCAACUGCGCAAGACUAAUAGCAAACUUAACCUACUCGAAUAAACUUAGAUAAAUCCCGAAUAUAGCGGCACCGCUCCUGAACUAACCCCGAAAUACUCUGUCUCAAAUGGAGAGUAGCUCACAGCUAUGGUGAAUAGCUGAUAGCUAGCAGGCAACUCACAGUCUGAUUCAUUGACAGUUGACUGCUAUAUCAUUCUGUCGGCUAGUAGACAACUCUGUGGACUGACAGCUAAGAAGCAACUCAAUAUGUUGACAGCUAGUAGACAACUCAGAACGCUGUCAGCUAAUAUAAUUAACUCAUUAUGCUGACAGCUACAAGGCAACUCAUCCAUAAGGAGACACAAUUGCGAUCAGUCUAUAUAUUAAAGCAAUGUGGGAGCGGUAAGAUAUAAAUUAGCUAAGACAUUUAGCUGUAAGCGAAACUAGCGAUAAACUUCAGUAGUCGGUAAAGGAAUCGAUUUAUUGCCAAUGCUAAAGAUUAGGAAUUCUAUUAAACUGUUUUGUGUCAUUAAAAAAUAUCAAAAGAGUUUAAUAAAUUUAGUAAAUAGAGUUAUAGUAAAAAAGAGGCUAAUUUUAUGAGGCUUUAGGACUAUAUCAGCAUAAUUAUUUUAAAUCCACAUUAUUGAAAUUAUAUUUUCUGUUAUUUUACUUAAAUAUUUCUAGAUGUGAGAGGGAUGGAAAUAAUCAAUUGGCAAUUUUUGAUUCUUUUACGAAAUGAUUUCGAAUUAAUACAUUUAACAUAUACUUAC